AUGGCUCCAACUCUCACUUCCAAUUCAUUCCUCUUAACCACCACACCCAAUUCAAGACUCUCUCUCAAGAACCCAAGAGUAUUCACAGUGUUUGCCAAGAAGGCUGGACCAUUCCCACCCUUUCGGCUAGGCAAACAGUCGAACAACUCAGGAUCAUCCUCUGAAGAAAGUCAAGAGGAGAGUUCAGGCAAUUCCAAACCAUUUCGGUUCGACUUUGGGAAGUUACCGGACGUGAAAUCUUUGAUCCCAGUUGGGGUUGGGACUAACCCAUCUUCAGCGUUGACGUUUAACCGGAGGCGUAAAGACCCACGAACGGUGUUUGUUGCUGGUGCAACUGGGCAGGCUGGAAUUCGCAUUGCGCAAGCACUUCUGCGUGAAGGUUUCAGCAUUCGAGCCGGUGUCCCAGACAUAAGUGCGGCGCAGGAGCUAGCUCGUCUUGCUGCCGAAUACAAGAUAAUCUCUAAUGAAGAAUCAAGACGACUCAAUGCUGUUGAGUCCACAUUUCAAAAUGCUGAAUCAAUUGCAAAAGCAAUUGGGAACGCUAGCAAAGUCGUAGUUACUAUUGGUCCAGCAGAAAAUGGUCCAACAACUGAGGUCACCACAUCAGACGCCCUACAAGUGAUACAAGCUGCCCAAUUGGCUGGUGUUGGUCAUGUGGCCAUUGUCUAUGAUGGAACAUUGAUGAAUUCCUCAACCUACAAUGUAUUGGAUGGUCUCUCAUCAUUCUUUAACAAUCUGUUUUCGCGAUCACAGCCAUUAACAUUGUCAGAGUUUUUGCAAAAGUUAGUUGAGACGGAUGUUAGCUACACACUCAUAAAGACCAGGUUAACAGAGGAUUUCUCUACCGAGAGUUCUUACAAUGUUGUCGUGACAGCUGAAGGAAGUGCUGGUGCAAACGACUACAAAGUUGCAAAGUUGCAGAUAGCUUCGCUGGUGGCAGACGUUUUCUCCAACACUGAAGUGGCAGAAAACAAGGUUGUGGAAGUGUGUACUGAUCCAUCAGCACCGUCUAGGUCUCUAAAUGAACUUUUCAGUGCCAUUCCUGAGGAUGGAAGAAGAAAGGCUUUUGCAGAAGCUCUUGCAAAGGCAAAAGCUGAGGAAGAAGCCAUAAAUGCUACUGAGAGUGCUCGUGAAGCCGCCAAAGCAACAAAGAAGCUUGAAGAAGAGGUAAAAAAACUGGAAGAGCAAGAAGUUCGGGCUGCUAAUCUUGCCGAAAAAGCCCAAGAAAAGGCAGCUGCUGCAGGAACUUCGGUUGAGAACCUCGUGGACAAAGCAAAAGGCUUAAGUUUGGGGCUGUCUUGGGAAAAAUUCAGCUCACAGCUUUCAUCAUCUGUUCAAAAGCCUACCGAGGAACCUAAAGUGCGGAUUGCCACGGUCAGGGGACAGGCCAAGGCUCAGACUUUGCCUGCCCAGAAAUCAUUCUUCACAAAAUCAACCCAAAAACCUCCUGCUUUGAAAUCUAAAUCAGAAGCCAAGCAAACAGAUUCUAAAAAAGAAGUGAGGAAGGUUUUUGGUGGCUUGUUUCAGCAAGAAACCAUCUAUGUUGAUGAAGACUAA